CAUUUAAUAGCAUUGCGCAAAAUAUCUUGAAGCUAUAUUUGUACACGCAAUAGAUUGAAACAGUUUGAACUAUAAACGAAUGUAUUUUGUUUAUACGGAAAUAAAAUUAUGUUUUAUAAUAAUAUACAUAAUUAAUGUCACACUGAUAUAAAUAACUAGCUUCUAGUGCAAUAAAAUUAAUCAACGAUAUUGAAAUAAUGUAAUUAAUGUUAUUAUUGUUUCUGUAACUCCACAGAUGGCUCCCCGAAAAUCUUGGAACUCUGCUGCCAUGGUGACAGCCAUUAUUGCUGUGAGAAACAAAGAUAUGGGGUAUAAAGCGGCUGCCAAAUUAUUCAACGUUCCUAGGGCUACCCUGAAGGACUACGUGAAGUCUCCUCAUACACCAGAAGAAUGUGUAAGUACAAAAUUUGGAAGAAAACCUGUUUUUUCUUCAGAGCAUGAGAAUAGUCUCGUGGAAUACUGUCUGGACAUGGACCACCAUUACUAUGGUCUUACUAUCUCAGAUUUGAGACGAAUGGCCUACCAGUUGGCUGUUAAGAACAACCUUCCAAAUCCCUUUUCAAGGGAAACAAAGGCUGCUGGUAAAAAGUGGGUCCGACUAUUUUUUAAGCGUCAUCCUGAACUUACUCUGAGGAGGCCACAGAACCUCUCAAUAGCUAGAGCCAAAGGGUUCACUAAAGAUAAUGUUCACAAGUUCUUUUCACUUCUGAAGGUCGAACUUGAAAGAAUUAACUUUGAUCCAUCGAAAAUCUUCAAUGUGGACGAAACUGGGAUCAGUGUGGUACAGCACAAGGCAUCCAGAGUGGUUACCAGUAAGGGACAAAAACAAGUGCACAGACUGUCAUCAGCAGAGCGUGGGGCAACAAUUACAGUCAUAACCUGUAUGUCAGCUGCCGGCCACUACAUCCCCCCUCUUCUAAUAUUUCCGCAGAAAAGGUGGCAGGUUGAACUGCUCGAUGGUGCCCCUCCAGGCUCGAUUGGUGGAACCUCAGAAUCAGGUUGGGUUACUGGACCUUUGUUCCUGAUGUGGUUUGAGCAUUUCAUAUCCAUAGUUAAGCCUACAAAAGAGGCGCCUGUAGUGCUCAUACUGGAUGGGCACUAUUCCCACACCAGGAAUGUUGAGGUCAUUGACCGGACAAGGGAAGUCGGGGUGUCAAUUGUUUGCCUCCCACCCCACUCAACAGACAAAAUGCAGCCGUUGGAUGUGGCGUUCAUGUUCCCACUGAAAACUCUGUACGCAAAGGCCAUUGAACAAUGGUUGGCUAAUAACCCCAACAGAAUUGUGAGGAAACUCCAAGUUUCCUCUUUGUUUUGUGAAGCCUAUCUUCAAGCUGCUACACUCGAAACUGCGGCUAAUGGGUUCCGAGCUACUGGAAUUCAUCCAUUUAACCCUGAUGUCUUUCAAGAGCAUCAUUUUGCUGCUAAAACAAUGGAGGUUGUGGAGGAAUCAGUCAAUGAUGAAACUGCAAUUGGGAUUGCACCUACUGGUCCACCCCAAGUGAUCAGGCCAAGAGACAUCAGAGAGGUUCCUAUCAUCCAGGCUUCAACAUCUGCCAGAGCUGGCACAUCUUUCUUGGUUACAGGAUCUCCCCACAAGACAGCACUAACAGCCUCCUUGGAGAAACGUAAGAACCGUGAAAAGCGUCAGACAAAAGGACCAGCACCACAAACCAAAAAACAGCUCAACAUGGGAUCUACAUGUCAGCCAGUGCCAGGAGCAUCCUCUAAGCUUACAAAACCACGCAGGAAGCAAACAAGGCGAUGUGAUGUGAGUUCCAGUGACACCGAGGACGAAACACACGUUCCUCUUGUAUCGACCGAUGAUGAAGACAGUUCUGAUGAAGGUGAUGUGUCAUGCCCUAUUUGUGGAAAAAAACUUUUCGCAGGACAAGCGAGGAGAAAAAUGGGUUAAGUGCACCAAAUGCUUCCAAUGGUGUCAUGAAAUGUGUUCUUCCUCCCCAGGAAACAAAAAUUUUGUAUGCGAUUUCUGUUUGGAUGGAUAAUUUUACAUGCCUAACUGUGUGCAAAUAGGUAUAUUUACGUUUAUUAUGAAAAACUAUUAUUAUUUCACAACAUUUUGUAUUGUUAAUGUGUUAAUAUAAACAUUUGUGGUUUCGGAAGUUAUAAAUGUAAUUUUCCAUAGUUAGCUACUGCAAAUAACACUUAAAUCGAAUAUGGAAUAAGGGGGACGGAAUUAGAGCACCACUUUUGAAAUCUCUACAAACACAUUUUAAUGAUGUUUAUUGUCUCUGUGUCGCAAAAGGUUCAUUCCAUGCAGUUACGAUAUCAGCAUACAUUGCCAUUGAGUUGAGUUGUUUACAGGAUUUUUUUCUAUAUUUUUAUCCCUAACCACAUCGUCACAAUUACAAGUUUCCCUUAGGGGGACGAUAAAUGGGCACCUUACCCAAAUACAGUAAAUAGGAAUACCGGACACUCGGUAGCCAUAUUGGAAACAACUGCGAUCAGCGCUCCUAUCGGGCAGUGUUGUGUGUAACGUUGUUAGCCCAUUUGUUUACGUGUUUUGACGGUGAUUAUUUUGUGGUAAAUAAUUUAUAACGCGCAAUUGAGAUGGAUCCGCCGACAUAUGGUACGUGCGGCAGUAUAUGCGCAAUGUAUGGGUGCAGUAAUUACAGAGUUCAGAAGGAUGCCAAGUCAUUUUUUUCUUUCCCAAAGUCUGACAUGUAAGUACAUUGUUGUUUGCGUUUUGCUGUAAAAUUUUGAAGAGAUUUCAGGUUGAAAAGAAUUCAAACUAUAUGCAGUAGCCUGUUUCUUAAAUUAUAAGUAGUGAAACAGUAUUAACUUUACAUUUUGAGUUGUAAUUAUAGAAAGUUUUAUCGCAAGCUUCCUGGGCAUCAAGCAAUGAUAAAAUGAAGAAUAAUGUCAAGGAGACGAAAGUAUUGAGAUUCACUAAGAAGAGGGUAAAGAGCAGGCUCUUUUACAGAUGAGGAGAUCAGUAGAAUGGGGAGGCGACGGUAAUAAGUACCUGGGAGUUGUAUUACAGGAAGACCUUGGGUGGAAGGGUAAGGUGGAAGAGUAGUUUUCAAGGGAAGAAGGGGCCUGGGUAUGGUGGGGAGAGCCCUGAAGGGUGCCAAUAGUGUGCAGAAACAUAAGGCAUACAUCUCAAUGUUUUAGUUACAAAAUAUUCUUCUGUGUUUGUUUGCAGCUAUAAAGAGUGGGUGCACAAAACAAAGAGAGCUGACCUUGAUGAAAGUGUCAAACUUAGAGGUCCAGAUUGUCUCAAAUAUUUGAAAGUGUGUGAAAUACAUUUCAAGGAUGAUGACUUUAGAAAUCCAAGAAAUAAAUCCCAAGGGUUAAAAAAAGGAGUUGUUCCAAGUCUACAUGUUUAUAAUGGAAGCACGAAGGUAGAUUCCAGGAGGAGUCCAAAGAAACGGCCUCGG